AUGCCUGACGAACCUGACUAUUCGGUAUCCGAAUUCUGGCUACGCCUGGACAUGGCCCUCACCGAGAAUGACACGUCUCCGUCUGGGCAUGCCAGGGAAGAAGGUGUCAAACGAGGGAAUAUUCCCCUCCCCAUUAUCAAAAAAGUCCUCUAUAAUCGAAACCCCCUUAAAGAUAUUGGACUUUGGAGUUCAGACGUCCCGAUAGAGCCUCAAAUGGUUGCCGCUUUUUUAUCAUUCGCCAGAGGGGGCCAUCUCCCCGAGGGCCGCCAAACGAUUCUGCCACUGGCCACAAAGGAAGAAUUUACCAACAUGACCAAACCAUAUUCUCAGUGGGCACCUGCUGAGUAUCAUCAUCUCGGGCAGGCCGCGGUCACUUCCAUCGCUAGCAGGCUCAACCUCACCAAGGACGACGAAAAACUUCCACCUAUCGCUACUGAACUCUAUACCAUGAAGAAGAGAAUAUGGGAAGGCAUUCCGCCCUUGUCAGAGAGACGCUGGAAGGAACUAGACCUUGACAAUAUGUGGAAUUUUCCAAUGGCUUGUCGUUACAUCGUGGCCGUCAUCGACGUCUUCCAAUACCUGAACGAAGGCUGGAUGAAAAAAGCUAUGCGGACUGUCUACAAUCGGAUUUGGGACGACCUGCACGACUGUGAGGAAGCUAUCAACGCCUGUCGAAGAUUGGCGGCCAACGGGGAUGAUUUCAAGGAGAUAUCGUUGACCGCCCUCUGGUAUCAGCAUACCAAAUCCCACUUUGACUCCAUGUGUGAAAUGGCCCAUGGAUGGGUCACUGAGCACAUCCAACGCCUUCGGCAACCAGUUCUAGACCAGCUCGCCUCCCACAGCCCAACACAUGAAAGUGAAGUUGACGAGGUACAGUGGGAUCUGGCCAACAAGAUUUACGACCUUCUCGUUAACGGCGCCCAUGCUGAUUACACGAUAUUCCUACCGAUGGAAGGAUACAAAGGUAGCAACAUACCGCUUCAGAGACCACUGGGCUCGGAACCACCGGGAGGCUUCCGUGAAAAGCCCAUUUCCUUUUCCCUCCAUCUUUUGAAACGAAAAUCUGACUACAUUGGGCGUUGGUACUAUCUUACACGGAAAGAAGAAUACGAGACCUAUGAAAGACUAGGAAUGAGUCCAAUCGAGCUGGAGAGCAAUGACCCCGCGCGUCUCCUAAUCCGGUGCCAUAGCCAGCUCGACGCACAGGCUCAAUCCCGAAGAGAACUGCGUGGAGAACCUCAAGAACUGGAUCUCGACCCUUGGUUGGAUUUGACAAAGGCAGACUUGGGGUAUGGCAAUCGCAGAUGUGGUUUCGUCGCGUAUCGGCUGUGCCAUAGCCACACUUCUGAGGCAUGGAACGAUUUCAAGGCCAAGUUUGAGUCGGACAUCUCCGAUUGGGGUAGAGAUGUGAAGGGUAUCGACGAUGUCCGUGCUGCUUGCAAGAUUCACUGGCUGGAUGGCCAAGAGCUUGAAAUUCCUGACAGGGAUAUUGAGGCUGCCAAGAAGCACUUCCACAAACACAUCAACUCAGAGGAUGCUCGCGAUGCCCACAAGAGGGCGUUUCUGGUCAUCGACGAAGAUGUCAUGAAAUCGUACCUCGACCCUGUUAGGGGCGGUGCAAAAUUCGUCCUAGCAGUAGAUCCAGAUUUUGAUCCCAAAACAAAACCUGAAGAUCGAAGGCGUCCUAACUACGAGGGGAACGUGAGAGUGCUUGGAAGUGUGCUGUGGGAUGACGUAGGGGCGCUACUCAUCACACAGAGUACCCCCCUUGACGACAUCUGGCCGCUUGCUAUGAACCGCCCUCAUGGAAUCUAUGAAGGCUCAAGGGUAACACCUGUUCUAAAUUUUUCGUCGUAUGAGGAAUUGCUGGGAUUUCAAAUACGUUGCGCUAUCCUCCCGGGGCUGGUGCCAUCUGUGAAGCUGGGCCUCUGGCUGAUGGCACGUUAUCGACGAAGACGUUGA